UAGUAGUUAGGGCCAGGCAGGUAUGAUGUUAAAACUUGAAUAAACCAGUAGACCUAGUAGUAACAGUUGAUAUCCAUUGUCUAUCCGACUCUAUCGAUCGUACUUGCCUAACCUAGAUACCUAACACGUAGGGAAGCAUCUACCCAGUGUCUACUACUAGACAAAUGUCAGAUUGAUUGAUCACCGGCCCGCGUCCCAUGCCAUUUCAAGUUGGGUCUACAACAGUGCAACUUUUUACGUGUACUUUGACUUAAUGAUCCACACAGCCCACAAGAAUCGACGUUCCUCUUUGGUAGUACCCCACUUUGCCAUAGAACCCAAAGGGCACACCGACAACGAUCGCGAUAUCAUCCUCCCCUUCCCCCCCUCCGUCUUUCUCAGCCUGAACCUGUCUUGCGUGACUCUCAUCCCUUGUUCAAGUCUUUAAAAAGGAACAUUGUUCCUCUUGACUAAUCGACACCUUUGAUUGAGUUGCCUGCGCAAACCGUCAAAAUGUUCAACAAUCGCAAGUUUUCCAUGAACAGGAACACUGGGGUCCCACGAAGAAGAUUUAGCAUCGGUGAUCCAAGUGCUAAUGAGACGAGUUCCAAGAUCCAUCGCCAGUUCCGUGCGGCCAACCCGGGCCACCUUCCCCACGCUGGCUUAGACGCUUCACGUGCUUCUACCGGUGUUGUAUGGUGUACGGAGCGUGCUGCCGAGUACGGCUUCCUUGAAGAGCCUGACAAAUGGGCCAACCUUGGCCAGGGUGCACCUGAAGUUGAAGAUGAUAUCGAGGGUUGCUUUGAGCGCCCCCAUACGAUAGAUGUAUCAGUCGCCCUCAGAGAAUAUGGCCCAACUGCUGGUAUCAAGCCUCUCCGUGCCGCUGUAGCGAGGAUGUACAACGAGAUGCACCGUCAGGGCAAGGAUAGCCAGUACUCGUGGGAGAAUGUCGCUAUUGUUCCCGGUGGCAGAGCUGGCCUGAUUCGAAUUGCAGCCGUCUUGAAUAAUGCUUAUGUCGGCUUCUUCAUUCCUGACUACACCGCGUACAAUGAGAUGCUCUCGCUCUUCAAGAACUUCGCUGCCAUUCCCACUCCUCUCUCCGAGGAAGAUGGCUACCACAUCCAUCCUGAUGUGAUCGCAAAGGAGAUUGCCCGAGGUACUUCUGUCAUCAUUACCUCGAACCCUCGAAACCCUACGGGCAGAGUUGUGGCAAACCCUGAAUUGGCUGAGAUACAAGACAUCUGCCGUGGACGUGCAACGCUUGUCAGCGAUGAGUUCUAUUCUGGUUACAACUACACCAGUGACUGCGACGGUAGUACAAUCUCAGCUGCCGAGAACAUUGAGGAUGUAGACGAGGACGACGUGCUCAUAAUCGACGGGCUUACCAAGCGUUUCCGUCUUCCUGGAUGGCGUAUUGCAUGGAUUCUAGGACCCAAGGAGUUCAUCAAGGCCAUCGGUUCUUGCGGUUCAUACCUCGACGGUGGAGCCAACGCGCCUUUCCAACAGGCAGCCAUUCCUAUGCUCGAGCCGUCCCUUGUUCGCAAGGAGAUGGAGGCCCUCCAGCACCACUUCAGAGACAAGCGAGACUACGUGGUUAAGCGCCUACGAGACAUGGGCUUCGUCAUCAAAUACGUGCCGGACAGUACUUUCUACCUCUGGUUGAACCUUGAAGGGCUGCCGGGCCCAAUCUCAGAUGGCCUGAAUUUCUUCCAGGCUUGCCUCGAGGAGAAGGUGAUUGUUGUUCCAGGCAUCUUUUUUGAUCUGAACCCCUCUCGUCGUCGGGACUUGUUCGACAGCCCCUGCCAUCACUUUGUCCGAUUCUCGUACGGUCCAAAAAUGGACACUUUAACGGCGGGUUGCGACGGUAUUGAGAGAGUAGUCAACAAAUUCAAGAAGUUCGUUUAAAGGUUUACUUUGCAAAGUGCCGAGUAUUGGUACAUGCCGGAAGGUGACGUUUACGCGAACAAUUCUCUUUUCUUAGAUUUAUAAGAAAAGAUACUGGUAUUCGAGAUGAUACAGUCUAUGUCUCUUAGAGCUAUCUUCCCUACAUCAAGUUGCUGUUUCUAUUAUAG